AUGUGUACCGACGUCUCCAAGGUCACGCUCAUCGUGCUCAACAUCGCCUUCAUCAUCGCCGGCGCGCUGCUCAUCUGGGUCGGCGCGUCGACGGACGAGGGCUGGUCGAAAAUCUUCGAGGCGGCGUCCAACGGCUCGUCGGCGGCGGCGUUCUACCUCAUCCUCGCCUUUGGCGUGCUCGUGCUCCUCAUCGCGUUCAUGGGCCUCAUGGGCGCGCUCAAGCGCCAGAAAUGCCUCCUCUACACGUACAACUUUUUCGUUUUCGUCGCGAUCGUGGUUUUCAUCAUCAUUAUGAUCACGGGCUUUGCCGGCGCGUCGACUGCCAGCAAGUGGAGCGACGCCAAGUUCCCGGCCGAGGACGCCGAAGAGUCGGUCGCGAAGGCCUUUGACUUGGCGUACUGCGGCGUCAUGCUGGAGCACUACUGCUCGGAUGGCAGCCUCGGCGACGCCAUUGCCCUCUUCUCGCCGUCGGCGUCAUCGUCGCUCACGCCCAUCAUCAAGGCGCUCAAACUCGACGCAAACGACCAGGUGGGCUUCUCGGGUCUCUGUAAGAACCUCAACUCGACGGCGCCGGGCACACUCGUCGUGCAAAACGUCGAGACGUUCAAGACGAUCUGCGAGGAAUGCAAGAAAACCGAGGACAUUGACUUUAGCGAACUCUACAAAUGGGGCCAGGAGAACUGCCCGCUCACGUACGACAACGCGACCGACAUCGUAUACCCCGAGUGCCGCCCGGCCGCCCUCAGCCUCUUCAAGUCGUUCGCCACCAAGCUUGCGAUCGGUGGGCUCAUCUUUGCGGUUGCAGCGCUCGUUGUGUUCAUCAUGGCCUGCGUCGUCGCGCGCUCGGGCGGCAAGGGCGGCUCCAUGGCCUAG